CCCCGCCUUGCAUCUUCUAUAUACAAGAUAUAGUUAGGAUAUUAAUUACACCCUACAUAGGAUCACUUGUAUAGUAUUAUAGGAUUCGAGCAACCAAGGCCGGGACGACAUAGCUCGAUCUUUCUCCUCCGUCAGCCGUUGCAGUUGCAUGCCGGCCAGACCAAGGAUAUCCAACCGUUCCUAAUUAGUUGAAAGGGACGUGGGAGCGAAGAGGUCAAGUAGGUCUGAGGCCAAUAGCAUGGAAGACAAGUCGGAAGGGCCAAGGGAUAUUUCAUUUGCUCUAUUAGAAAAAAUUACAGGCAAUUUCUCAGAAAAGCACAAACUUGGCAGUGGUGGGUAUGGAGAAGUUUACAAGGGAGUAAUGCCCACUGGAGAAGAGAUUGCGGUGAAGAAGCUAUAUGUUAUACCUGGUCUUGAUGAUGUGCAGUUUAAAAAGGAGUUUAAUAACCUUAUGAAAGUCCACCAUCAGAAUGUCGUAAGGCUAGUUGGCUACUGCUAUGAAACAAAGAAGAAACAUAUUGAACGCAACGGAGAAUUUGUAUUUUCUAACGUUGAAGAAAGAGCUCUCUGCUUUGAACAUGUGCAGCUUGGAAGCCUUGACAAACAUAUUUCUGAUGAAUCAUGUGGGCUUGACUGGGACACACGCUACAAGAUAAUUAAGGGGAUUUGCGAGGGUUUAAAUUACCUUCACAAUGGGUCCAGCAAUCCUAUUUAUCAUCUGGAUUUGAAACCAUCUAACAUAUUGUUAGAUAAAAGCAUGAUACCAAAAAUUGCAGAUUUGGGCCUGUCAAGAUUCUUUGCGACAACAAAAACCCAUAUCACAAGCCAAAUUAAAGGGACACUCGGAUACAUGCCACCAGAAUACAUUGAAAGACGCCAAAUCACCAAGAAGUUUGAUGUAUUCAGUUUAGGUGUUAUAAUCAUAGAUAUAAUUGCUGGACCUUCGGGCUACUCUAAAUGUGCUGAAAUGACUUCCCAACAGUUUAUUGAACUUGUACAAGGAAACUGGAAGAAAAGACUGCAUGCAGCAACAUCGAGGUAUGCAUCGCAGGAAGCAGAUAGCCUACAAGUGAAGACAUGCCUUGAAAUAGCAUUAAGAUGUAUUGAUAAAGACCGAGCAAAAAGACCUACUAUAAGCGAUAUUGUUGAUAAAAUGAAUGAGAUCGAUACCCUAAAAAUGUCACUUCUAAGCAAGAGACCUGAGCCUAGGGAGUUUCUUGGGUUCGACCCUCUAGAGCUACGCUUCCCAUUCGAGACUAACAAGGCGAUAUCCUGCGUACUGCAGCUAACAAACAAGUCAGAUGACAUCGUCGAGUUCUAUGCAAACACAAACAAGAAGAAGUACCAAAUACACAGGGACCAAGGAGUUAUGGCACCAUGGUCUAGGUGCUAUGUCAUCGUAACGCUGCAACCACAGGGGAGCGCACCACCGAACAUGCAGUGCGACGAUAUGUUCUUUGUACGGAGCACUAGGGUGAGGGAGACAGACAUCGGCUCACUUGACAUUAAUGUCACUGAGCAGCACUUGGAAAAACAGAUGGGUGACUUGAUGCCUCGGGAGAGUAUUGCCGGUGAUGGAUCGAGAGUCGACUUGGACAUAAGACGACGUCCGGACGGUCAGAUAUCAUGCGGGAUACUUAGGCUAGAGUUCAAUGCGCGUGGUUGGUGAAGAUUUCAUAUGGCAUACAAUGGAGAUAUUGUGUACGUAUGGGAUGCAGAGUCGAAUUUGGAAGGAAUCCAAAUUUGGUACAAUUGGAGUUUGUGAAGUUUAUUUCUUGUAUGGGAAGGUUUCUUAUGAGGAUUAAGACUUCUUGUAUGAGUUUGGUUCGUAGGUAUAGACUGUCUACCUCAUAUAUAAAUAGAGAGGGAGCAUGAGGCUUCUUGGUAUCGCUUUUGAAAGCAUUGAGUUUAGAGUAAGAGAGUUAGUGUUUCGAGUUUAGUCGAGAUUUUCAUGAAGAGUGCUGUUGUUGCACCUUGUUAACACGGAGAGAAGUAAUAAAGUUGU